AUCAAAACACGUCAUGGCUACGCCCACACGCCUACUGCACAUGCUCUGUCUGAUGACGAUUUCUGACAUUUUGCCCGGCAGAGUCUGAUGUGUGUGUGAGCACAUAGACGAGCUGCAGUGAUGCACUUCGUCUGUGGGGAGCAAGGGUAGUUUCGAGCAUCAUUUUUCAUUUUGACCUUUUUAAAAAUGGCAGGGGCAAUCAUAGAGAACAUGAGCACUAAGAAAUUGGUUUUCUUGGGGUUUUUUAUUCUUGUUUUCCAAAUUCUUUCCAUCAUGAUUGGAGCUUUGAUUGCUCCCAGUCCCACCAGUGCCAUCCACUACUCGGCCACCAAAUGUAUAAAUCGCCACAGGGCACGUGGCUGGCUCAUGCCGUGGGGGUCCAAUCGGUGCCACCAGGUUAAGAGUUUUGACGAACCUUUGGCAAAAACUCUGGAUGCCAAUGACAUUGUUUUUGCCGUUCAUGUGCCUCUUCCCAACAUGGAGAUGAGCCCUUGGUUCCAGUACGUGCUGGCUGUUCUUCAGUUUGACAUUGAAUUCAAAAUGAUCAAUCAGAUUGAAGAUGAUGUUAUCAUCACUAUUGACGCUGGCAUCGCAUACAGAGAUAAUGGGAUGUCUGAGUGGACCACACAGUUUCACUCGGUGGAGCAAAGGCCUCUCAGGUGCAUGUUAGGAGUCCCUAAGACGUAUGAAAACGAAGGCAGCUUUUAUCAGUGUGACCCCAUACCCUUCAUGGAACUGGGUACUGUUGCCCACAAGUACUUUUUAAUUAACCUGCGCUUGCCAGUGAAUGACACAAUGAAUGUUGGAAUUGGAGAAAUAAAGGACAUCCAUAUGGUGGGCAUCCACCAGAACGGAGGCUUUACUAAAGUGUGGAUCAGCAUCAAGACUGUGUUCAGUCCCUGGAUACUCGUGGCAACAGCCUGGUACUGGUACAGAAUCAGCCUGAUGGCGAGACCUCCAGUCCUUCUGGAAAAGGUGAUUUUUGCUCUGGGUGUCUCCAUGACCUUCCUGAAUGUUCCGGUGGAGUGGCUCUCCCUCGGCUUUGAGUGGACGUGGAUGCUGCUGUUUGAGGAUGUACAGCAGGGCGUCUUCUACGCCACACUAUUCUGUUUCUGGGUCAUCUUCUGUGGUGAACACCUCAUGGACCAAAGUCAGAGGAAUCGUCUCUCAGCGUACUGGUGGCAGGUCGGGAUAGUUGUGUUCGGAUCAUCCGUCCUCCUCCUAUUUGACCUUAGUGAAAGGGGCGUUCAUUUGAUCAACCCUUUCUACAGUGUGUGGGCAUCAGACAUCGGUACAAAGGUUUCAUUUACCUUCAUCGUUGUGGCAGGGCUUUCAGUCUGUCUGUAUUUCCUUUCCCUCUGUCACAUGGUGCGUUGUGUGUUCAGGAACAUUGGUGGGAAAGUGCAGCAACUUCCUGCAAUGCCAGAGGCCAGGAGGCUGUGCUAUAAGGGUAUCAUCUUCAGGUUCAAGUUUUUGAUGCUGGUAACUCUAGCAUGUGCAGCCAUGACUAUCAUCUUCUUCAUCUUGAAUCAAGUCAGUGAAGGCCACUGGCACUGGGGAGACUACACUCUCCAGGUCAACAGUGCUUUUCUCACAGGAAUCUAUGGCAUGUGGAAUCUGUACGUUUUCACCAUCAUCUUCCUCUACGCACCCUCCCACAAGCACAACAGACACAGGUCGGGAGACUGUCAACCAACAGGUGUGAUAGAGGAGCCAGAGAGUCAAGAGAUGCAGCUGACAUGUGGAGAGCAGGGGCCAACAGAGACAUACAGGAUGACUGGGAAGGUGGCUGAGGAUUAACUACAAGCCUUUGUUCACGUUCAAGUUUAAGUCUAUAUGAUGUCUAUAUUCCUAUUCAUUUGAAUGACCAACAACAAAUAGCAGUUUUAGAAAAAGCAAACCAUCAGCAAACGUAUCCCACUAUUACUGAGAAAAACCCACAAUCCUUUCCGUUCAUGUCGAACAGCAUCUACAACGCAUGCAGUAUGUGCAUCAAAUAAGCUAUAGAGAAAAUACACUGAAUGUUUUAAAAUGGACAAAAAUAUUAUAAAAGUAAAAACAAGUUGAUGUAAAUCCCAUUAUUCUGCUACUCUCAAAAGGUAACUGCAGACAGAACAGGAUUAAACUAAUAACGAUAAUUAAAAUGAUAAUAAAUAUCCACAAAGAAUGAUCUGCACCUACAAAACUCCUUCCUGGUGCUCUUUACCUCCUCAUAUUAUCCAGAUUAUUAACUCUGUAUACUAUCUAUCCCCAACUCAGUUGACACCUUGUCCUGUGAUGUAGCGCCUCUCAAAGGCUGACAAUUGCAUUUAUCCAAUACAAUUGAAGUAAACGGUGACUGAUUCUUAAACGUGAUGAUAUCCUCCACUGGAGCAGCAUAGUGGUGAGAAGAUAAUGAGUGUAUUUUCAUUUUUUGAUGAGCUAUCCCUUUAAGCUUAAAACAUAAUGAGGGGAUUGCUGUGGAUUUAUUUAAGCAGCUGAGGAUGAGCAGAUAUACAGUAUGUUAUCACUUUGUUAACUUGCAUAACUGCCCUGCAAAUAAUUCAUCACUCAUCACAAAGAGUAAAUAAAUCCUUUUGAGUUCAGUUACAACCUGUGGCCUUUUCUCUGACACCUCACUCAUAAUAAUAAUAAUCACAAUAAUAAUCAUAAUAAAGCAAACUGAUCUAGUCUUGAUGAUCUCUCAAAAAAUAUGAUACAGUGCAUCUAUGUGCAGCACUUUCUUUAUUAAACCAAGCCACAGCUCUCAAGAAUAAGAAUAAGAAUACAUUUUAUUGCUUUCCAAAAAGGAGAGUAAAAUUUAAAACAGAAAACACAUGAUACCCCCAUAGGACAUACACAUUCUGGAACAGGACAGCACUAUACAGCACCCAUACAUAGAAAAAGGUAAAGUAUAAUAUUGAUAUAAAUAAGAUGAGAUAAAACAAAAUGCGUUUAAAUUUAAUAUAAAAGAUAAGCGUAGUAUAUCUAUAUAUGUCGUAAUAAUAGUGAAUAUGUACUAUGGUGUGUUUUGUUCAUUCUGUGUUUUUCCCUUAUUUAUCACACAUUUACACACAAAUAUUACUAAUGUACAGUAUAUGAUUUGUCCCACUAAAAUAUAUUUUAUAACAUUA